GAAGUCUUUACUUUUUAAUAAAUUUACAAAAUAGAAUACAAGUCCGUUUCCGAGCGGUCCAAACUGAAGCUAAGCCUUUCUUGUACAGGCGCACUCCGUCGUCUUCUUCUCUCUUCUGUACCAUGUCGGAGUUCCGUUAAAAUUUUAACCGUGGAGGAAAAAAAUGUUGAGGAAUCUACGAUCUCGGCGGCGGCCACGUUACGGUGCACAGGUAUGCGCCGUGAUCUCAGCCCUUCUCCUCUUAUUUUCAGUCUCUCUACUCCACACCCGCCUUUCUCUCUCGUCCAAACCCCAUAUCUAUCCCCACCAUUCCUCCGUAGACAACAACAACGACGACGUCGUUUUCCAUACUAACCCUCUCCUCUCCGAUGAUGACGUCACCACAACCACCACCUCCUCAACCGACGACAAAAUUGACGAAUUCGACACCCUCGAAGAAAACGACACCUUUUUAACCGAGGACGACAACAACGAAAUCGAGCAAGUAGAAGAACAAGAAAUCACGACAAUGAAUAAGAAAAACAAGAUCUUUUCAUCUGGGCAUUUUUACUUCGACCAUUUAAGCGGGUCAAUUAAAAGAGUUUUUAAUAAACGUUCGAUUCAAGAUUGGGAUUAUGAUGGAGGGUUUUUGAACGAAGGGUUUUUGGGAGACGAUGUCAAAACUAAGGCCGCCUUUGGAUCCGAUGAUGUUCCAUUGGAUGAGGAAGUUAGGGGGAAAAUGAGUGAAGUGGAAAGUGUUGAAGACGCUUUAUUGCUGAAGAAAGUGGGUGGGAAAAAGGUGAAUCCUUUGAGGGAGAAAUGGGGCGAUUGGUUUGAUAAGAAAAGUGAUUUUUUGAGGAGGGAUAGGAUGUUUAAAUCAAAUUUGGAGGUUUUGAAUCCGUUGAAUAAUCCUUUGCUGCAAGACCCUGAUGGGGUUGGUGUAACUGGGUUGACUAGAGGGGAUAGAAUGGUGCAAAAGUGGAUUUUGAGCGAAUUUAAGAAGGUCCCUUUUACUGUGAAGAAGCCUUUGGGGAUUUUGGAGAUUGUUGCAGAGGAUGAAAAAGGCGGUGAGAGUAAGAAAAAUGAUAAUGCAAGGAAUGUGAUAAGCAAAAGAGAAAAUAGUAGUAGUAAGGAUUCGAGUUCAAGAACAAAUGAGAAUAAGAGUAGUGAUAGUAGAAGGAGGAAGAAAGAGGCCAAGAAUAUAGAUUUAGAGGCUGAUAAGAGUAACACUGAGUUUUCGGGUCAUAUAUAUGCGGAUGGAAAGAGAUGGGGUUACUAUCCUGGAUUGGAUCCAAGGCUGUCUUUUUCGGAUUUCAUGGAUGCAUUUGUUAGGAAAGGGAAAUGUGAUAUGAGAGUUUUUAUGAUGUGGAAUUCCCCUCCGUGGAUGUAUAGUGUUAGGCACCAAAGAGGGCUGGAAAGUCUGCUUGCACAGCAUCGAGAUGCUUGUGUCGUAGUGUUCUCUGAAACCAUGGAGCUUGAUUUUUUCAAAGACAGCUUUGUCAAAGAUGGUUACAAAGUUGCUGUAGCAAUGCCAAACCUUGAUGAAUUGUUGAAAGAUACACCCACCCAUGUAUUUGCUUCUGUGUGGUUUGAAUGGAGAAAGACAAAGUUUUAUGCUACCCAUUAUAGUGAGCUUCUGCGGCUUGCUGCUCUUUACAAAUAUGGUGGCAUUUAUCUUGAUUCUGAUAUUAUAGUUCUGAAACCAUUAUUGGCACUCAAUAAUUCUGUUGGCCUGGAAGAUCAGCUUGCUGGAAGUUCUUUGAACGGGGCUUUAAUGGCUUUUGGAAAGAAAAGUCCCUUCAUAAUGGAGUGUUUGAAGGAGUUCUAUUUGUCGUAUGACGAUACCCAGUUGAGAUGGAAUGGGGCUGAUCUUCUAUCAAGAGUUGCAAAAAGGUUUUUGAACAAAAAGAAGACAUCCGUCAAACUGCCCGAGUUGGAUGUGCAACCUUCCUUUGUUUUCUUCCCUAUUAGUUCUCAGCAUAUUACAAGAUACUUUGUUGCACCGACGACAGAAACUGAGAAAACACAGCAAGAUGCUUUAUUCAAUAAGAUUCUGAGCGAGUCUGUGACGUUUCAUUUCUGGAACAGCUUGACAUAUGCUCUCAUUCCAGAGCCAGGGAGCCUUGUAACCAGGCUUAUUGACCAUCCCUGUAUUCAUUGCUCUGAAUUGUUGUGAAUUUCACAUCAUUGCUGGUUCUUGUCCAAGAAUUGACGAAAGCAUUUCUUUAACCAGCAAUUGCAGAAUCCCUUGCUUUGUGAAAUUUUGACAUUUUGAAUAUCAUGGUAGAAAUCCUUAUAAUUUUUCAGUUUUCAUAAUUUUAUUUGUUCAUAUUUGCUAAAUGAGUAGGCUGUCCUGCUAAUACAAAAUCUUUUUUUUUUUUUUUGUAAUUUAUUUUUCGAUUAGGUUCAGCGGAUAAUGUACCUUUGGCAUUGAGAGGCAAAUAAUACAUCACCAUUUUCAGGACAUAGGAUAGUUCAUGAAUAAUAGUUUUAACAAAUAUCUAUCGUUCAUGCUUUUAUUUAUUGACUAUAAUAAUUUUUAUCAAUGAUGUGCAUGCUAUCACAUUGACAUUGUGCUGGUA